AUGGCGUACAAAUCAGAUGACAAGGUCGUCAUCGCUGCUGAAGAGCAUGCAGAAGAGCGAGCGCCGUACGCUGCCGUGACUCGUCAGCCACAAGGCAAAUAUACCAUCAGCUCGCCGGAGGGCAAGUCAAAGAUUCCCGCCAUUCUCAUGGUCACCUUUGCUGCCUUUGGCGGUCUCCUCUUUGGGUAUGAUACCGGCUACAUCUCAGGCGUCAAGGCUAUGCCCUUUUGGCUCCAAUCGUUCGGAUCGCGCGAUGCAUCCGCACCCUCGGGUUACAGCAUCACUACUGGCCAAGACUCGCUCGUCACAUCCAUUCUCUCCGUUGGGACGUUCUUCGGCGCUCUGAUCGCCUAUCCUCUGGGAGAUCGACUUGGUCGCAAGCUCGGUCUGCAGACUGCCUGCGCUGUCUUUUCAUCCGGUGUGGCGAUGCAGACUGCUUCGAACAGUAUCCCACUGUUCGUCAUCGGUCGCAUCUGUGCCGGCCUGGGCGUCGGCAUGAUCUCUUGUCUCGUGCCCAUGUACCAAAGCGAGUGUUCGCCCAAAUGGAUCCGUGGCGGCGUUGUGGCUUGCUACCAGUGGGCCAUCACGAUUGGCCUUCUACUCGCCGCCAUCGUCGUGAAUGCAACCAAGGACAUCAACAACAAGAGCUGCUACCAGAUCCCCAUCGGUCUCCAGUUCGUCUGGGCUGUCGUUCUAGCCGGCGGAAUGGCACUCUUGCCCGAAUCGCCUCGCUACCUGAUCAUGAAGGGCCGCAACGAAGAAGCUCGCCAGUCUCUCGGUCGUGUCCUCACCGCAGACGCAGACAGCACCGAGGUCAGUGAAGAGUUCGACGACAUUGCGACUGCUCUCCAGCACGAACGAGAAAUCGGUGCCACAUCCUAUCUCGAUUGCUUUCGAUCUGGUGAAGGUCGCAACGCGCUCCGAACGUUGACCGGCAUCUUCCUCCAGGCGAUGCAACAGCUCACCGGUAUCAACUUUAUCUUCUACUACGGCACUACCUUCUUCCAGCGCUCGGGUAUCAGCAAUCCGUUCCUCAUCACGAUCGCUACCAACGUUGUCAAUGUCGGCAUGACCGUUCCUGGCAUCAUGCUCGUCGACAGACUCGGUCGUCGGUGGAUGCUCAUCUACGGAGCUAUCGGCAUGUGCAUCUGCGAAUAUCUCGUCGCCAUCAUCGGUGUCACCAUCUCGACUUCAAACCAAGCCGGUCAAAAAGUCCUCGUCGCCUUUGUCUGUAUCUACAUUGCUCAUUUCGCUGCAACAUGGGGUCCGCUUGCGUGGGUCGUCUGUGGCGAAAUCUUUCCUCUUGCUAUCCGCGCAAAGGCCAUGUCCAUGUCGACCGCGUCGAACUGGUUCUGGAACUUCAUCAUCGGGUACAUGACACCUUAUCUCGUCGACGCUGGACCAGGUCAUGCUGCGCUCGGGAGCAAGGUCUUCUUCAUCUGGGGCACAACUUGCUUCGGCUCAGCAGUGUUUGCCUAUUGCCUCAUACCCGUCCGUGUUCGCGCGUUAUCAUAG